AAUGUCUGUGCGUCUUAUGGAGCAAAUAUGGAGUGGCCAGACUGAUAUUCCCACCGCCGUGUUAGAAUACUGGGCUGGUCGCACGGCUCUACUGUGCAGAACCUGCUCCUUGGUCCUACCUGUUCCUUGGUCCAACGGUGUCCUUCUUUCACCGGCCAUCUUCUUUCCCCAGUCUGCAGUCUCUGGUCAUCUCCUGUACUGUGUCCACAGUCUCUGGUCAUCCCCUGUACCAUGUCCGCAGCCUCUGGUCAUCUCCUGUACCAUGUUCGCAGUCUCUGGUCAUCUCCUGUACUAUGUCCGCAGUCUCUGGUCAUCUCCUGUACUGUGUCCUCAGCCUCUGGUCAUCUCCUGUACCAUGUCCGCAGCCUCUGGUCAUCUCCUGUACCAUGUUCGCAGUCUCUGGUCAUCUCCUGUACCAUGUCCGCAGUCUCUGGUCAUCUACUGUACCAUGUUCGCAGUCUCUAGUCAUCUCCUGUACCAUGUCCGCAGUCUCUGGUCAUCUACUGUACUAUGUACGCAGCCUCUGGUCAUCUCCUGUACCAUGUCCGCAGUCUCUGGUCAUUUCCUGUACUAUGUCUGCAGCAUCUGGUCAUCUCCUGUACCAUGUCCGCAGCCUCUGGUCAUCUCCUGUACCAUGUUCGCAGUC